AUGGCAAUCGCACGACCCGUCAGGGUCCUGCUGUUUGCUGCCGCUAUUCUCUGGUGCUUUUUUCUCUAUCAAGUCUUCCGACCGUCAUCGGGUCUCCGUGGGCCGGGCGAGCGCUAUGUUAACUUUGAGCGUGAUCCCAAUCUAGAUCCUACGGGAGAACCAGAAGGGGUUCUUGUACGGACUUCCGACAGAUAUGCACCCGAUGCCGCAGAUACUGAUCGCGUCAAUGCCACAUUGCUGGCCUUGGUGCGAAAUUCCGAAGUUGACGAAAUGGUUUCCUCGAUGAAUGACUUGGAGCGAACAUGGAACAGCAAGUUCAACUAUCCAUGGACUUUUUUCAACGAUGAACCUUUUUCAGAGGAAUUCAAGAAGAAGACCCAGGCUGCUACCAAGGCCAAAUGCAACUACGAAAUCAUCCCAAAGGAGCAUUGGUCCGUCCCCUCAUGGAUUGAUCAACAACUAUACGACGAAUCUACUGCGAUACUUGAGAAGGGAGGUGUUCAGUACGCGAAAAUGGUAUCAUAUCAUCAAAUGUGCCGAUGGAACAGUGGUCUCUUCUACAAGCAUCCUGCUCUUCAAAACACCAAGUGGUAUUGGCGCGUUGAGCCCAAAGUUCAUUUCUUUUGCGAUAUCGACUACGAUAUUUUUCGAUACAUGCAAGAUAACAACAAGACGUAUGGCUUCACCAUUACGCUGUACGAUGAGCCCAAAACACUGCCCACUCUGUGGCCUGAAACGGUCCGGUUCCUCGCUGAUCACCCUGAGCACCUCCAUACCAACAAUGCUCUCAACUGGCUUACCGACUCUGAGAGACGCCCAGCGCAUAACAAGGGGGCUCAGGGCUACUCUACAUGCCAUUUCUGGAGCAACUUUGAGGUUGCGGAUAUGGACUUUUGGAGAAGCAAACCGUACGAGGACUACUUCAAUCACUUGGAUCGAGCGGGCGGCUUCUUCUACGAGCGAUGGGGCGAUGCUCCCGUCCACAGUAUCGGUCUUGGCCUGUUUGAGGACAAGAGCAAAAUUCAUUGGUUCCGCGACAUUGGUUAUCAGCACAUUCCAUUCUUCAACUGCCCCAACUCGCCCAAGUGCAGUGGCUGCGUUACUGGACGCCUAACCGAUGGGGAAGCUUUCUUGCACCACGAAGAUUGCAGGCCGAACUGGUUCAAGUAUGUCGGCUUGGGAUAA